AUGGAGAGCUCUAAGCCUACUACCAUUAACUCUCUUCCCGCUGAGAUCCGCCUGGCAAUCUGGCGCGCCACAUGGCAGUACCGACGUGUCUGCAUCACCCGGUCCAUCGUUGGCGAGCGACCCAGCAUGGUCCUUCUUCAGCGGUAUGCAGAAGACCUCUCGGAGCAAGUUCAGCGUGAUGCACUGUCAACAUUGGAAGGAGGAGGUUUGGUUAUUGAAGCGGCUCCCCAAGGGUACAAGCUUGUCAAGACUAUCACCUCCACUACAGCAAAGCUGCCGGUUACCCUGUUCAUCAACUCAGAAGCCCGAACUGAGACCCUGAAGCAUUACCAGUUAGCCUUUGCUCUCUGGGGCAAUGAAAGCCAUGUCUACUUCAACUUCAGCCUGGAUAAUCUUGAGGUGACUUCACAUGUCAACCUGAGUCUUGUGGCCCCGCCAUCGCAGCUUGCCAAACUUAAGUCUGUUACUAUCCCAGCCGGCUAUCCAGAUGACAGCGCACGAAUAUCCUGGAAUGAACAGGCGCGCGACAGAUGUAUGGAGAAGCCCUUAGGAACCGGUGAUAUGGAUGACGAGAAUCGGCUUUUACGCCAACGGACUGGAGAAUUUCUUGCUAAUGUUUGCCCCGAGCUGGUCUUUCUUUAG